CUAUAAUCUGCCUCUCUGUUUUGGUGUUCGUCUCUCUCUCUCUCUCUCUCUCUCUCAAAUUCAAACGUUCUAACCCAAUCAAAAUCAGAAGCCACCCCAAUUUCCUCCGAAAGAAGAAAGAAAAAUGCUCCCUCAGAUUCAUUUCCUCAGCUCUCCCUCAAUCCCUUCCAUCUUCCCAUCACAACCGUUCAAAUCCAUCUCCAAAUCCACCCAUUUCAAUUCUCACAUCAAAAUAAAAACCCCAUCUCCUAAAUCCUCAAAAUUUUAUCUCAGAUGCUCUCUCUCUGUAGCUCAAGCAGUCCCAAAAGAGCAGCUGCUGCAGCAGCAGCAGGCGAAACCAUCACCAGCUGAAGUUUCGAGAACCAUCAUGGAGCUCUCUUCUGUGGGCACUCUUUCCAUGCUGGCCGACGAUGGAUGGCCGAUUGGCGUUGGUGUGCAGUUCCUGGUUGACGCACAAGGUGGGCCCGUCUUGUGCUUGAACGCGGCGAGCCGACAGUUCUCGACAGAUAGGAGGUCUAGUCUCCAUGUACAGAAGCUUAAUGCAUUGUGGGCGAAGAGGUACGGGGAAGAAGUUGAUGAAGACCUUAUUUAUGUAGUUUCUGUGGAACGGGUACUUCAGAUGGAAGAUUUCAGGGAGGACGGUGUAUGGGUGGCAUCAUCAGAGUAUGUAAAGGCAAACCCCGAUCCACUUCGAAACUGUGCGGAAAAGAUUGUGAACGAGAUGAAUGCCAAACACAAAGAAGACGUACAUCGCUUUUGCAACAUCUAUGCGGAUUUGGAAUUUAAGGUGAUGGAAGCAAAGAUGAUAUGGGUCGACCGGUUAGGAUUCGAUGUGCAUGUUCAUUCACAAAAAGGUCUUUACGAGGUCCGGAUUCCCUUCCCUAGAGAAGUUACCGAUGAAAAGGGUGUGAAAUCAUCAUUCAAUUGCAUGUCUCAACUUGCAUGGGAAGUGGAGAAGAAUUACACUGUUCCUGAGUUUGAGAAGGUGAAGCACUUGAAAGAGAUCACUUGUGUCAGACAUUAGGCAACGAUGGGGAAAAGAAAGUGGGUUUCUGGGUGGGUCUGUGUCUGAUGUAGAGGUGGGCCACAGAUUGCGUUGUAAUCCAAGAUAUUAUUAAUUAAUUAAUUAAUUAAUUUUUUUUUCCAAUUCGAAGGUGUGAAGUUUCAUUUGGUUCAUAACCAGUGCUCUCUCUCUCUCUCUCUCUCAUCUAAGUGAAUUUACAGCGAUAUUGAAGUGUUUACAGUUUUAACUUUGGGAUGCCUUCACUUGCUCCCUUGCAAAUUUGCAAUCAUCUUUGUAUCAUUUUUCCCUGGAAUGACAAGAAAUUUUCACAA